AUGGCUCUUAAUCAGGAACACUUGACAUUCAGGGAUGUGGCCAUAGAAUUCUCUCAGGAAGAGUGGAAAUGCCUGGACCCUGCUCAGAGGGCUUUGUACAGGGACGUGAUGUUGGAGAACUACAGGAACCUGGUCUCCCUGGGAUAUUCUCUUCCUGGCCUGAAUCUUAUCUCCGUGUUGGCAACAGGGGGAAAGCCCUGGUCUGUGGAGAGCCAGGUGAAAACAGCAAGGAAACCAAAGCAGUGGGAACAUAUCACAGGUGUGAUCACAGAUAUUCCUCCUAAAUGUGUGGUCAAGGAAUUACCUCCAACAGGGAAAAGUAGUAGAGAAGUAUUCCACACAGUGAUGUUGGAAAGACAUGAAAGCCAUCCCAUUGGAGAUAUUUGCUUCAGAGAAAUUCAGAAAAAUAUCCAUGACUUUGAAUUUCAGUGGAGAGAUAAUGAAAAAAAUUACAGUGCUGUGCCUUUGACAAAGAAAGAAAAUUUUACUGGUAAUAGAAAACAACAUGAUAGAAGGGAUGCUGGAAACAAGGUUAUUAAAAAUCAGCUUGGAUCAAGCUUUCAGUCACAUACACCUGAACUGCAUGUAUUUCAAGCCGAAGAGAAAAUUUGUAAUCAAAAUGAGAUGUCUGUCAACAGUGGUUCCUCAGGUUCAACAUCACAAAGGAUUUCUUGUAGUCUAAAAACCCAUAUUUUUAAUCAAUAUGGGAAUGAUUUCUUCUAUUCUUCAUUAUUCACACAAAACCAGAAAGCACACCAUAGAGAAAAGCCUUACAAAUAUAACGAAUGUGGCAGAUCCUUCAGUUAUGGCUCACACUUCAGUAUACAUCAGACCAUUUAUUCUGGAGAGGAACAAUAUAAAUGUGAUGUAUGUGGUAAGGUCUUUAAUCAUAAAUCAAAUUUUGCACGUCAUCAUAGAGUUCAUACUGGAGAAAAACCUUAUAAAUGUAAGGAAUGUGACAAAGUUUUCAGUCGUUAUUCACACCUUAAAAGUCAUUGGAGAAUUCACACUGGAGAGAAGCCUUACAAAUGUAAGCAGUGUGACAAAGUUUUCAGUCGUGAUUCACACCUUUCACAACAUUGGAGAACUCAUACUGGAGAGAAACCUUACAAAUGUAACGAGUGUGGAAAAGCCUUUAGUACACGGUCCACACUUACUAACCAUCAGCUACUCCAUACUGGAGAGAAACCUUACAAAUGUAAUGAAUGUGGCAAAGUCUUCAGUCAAGCAGCAAAUCUUGUCAGUCAUCGGAGAAUUCAUAAUGCAGAGAAUCCUUACAAGUGUAAUGACUGUGGCAAGGUCUUUAGUCAGCCUGCAAAUCUUGCAAGUCAUCAGAGAAUUCAUACUGGAGAGAAACCGUACAAGUGUAGUGAAUGUGGCAAAGUGUUCAGUCAUCCCACAACCCUUGCAAAUCAUUGGAGAAUUCAUACCGGAGAGAAACCAUAUAAGUGUAAUGAAUGUGGCAAAGUGUUCAGUAGAACUGCCACCCUUGCAAAUCAUCGGAGAGUUCAUACUGGAGAGAAACCUUACAAAUGUAACAUAUGUGGCAAGGUCUUCAGUCAAGCUUCACACCUUGGAAAACAUUGGAGAAUUCAUACUGGAGAGAAACCUUACAAAUGUAAUAAAUGUGGCAAGGGCUUUACUCAAACUUCACACCUCACAUUACAUCGCAGAAUUCAUACUGGAGAGAAACCUUACAAAUGUAAUGAGUGUGGCAAAGCCUUUAGUGUGCAUUCAAACCUCACAAGACAUCAGAUAAUCCAUGUUGGAGAGACACCUUUGUAA